AUGGUUCAACGAAACAGGUUCGUGUUCAACCAGGUCAAGCGUGAGUUCGGCACCAGUUCCCCCAGUGCCCCGCUUAAGAAAUUCCCUUCCUCCACCCACGGGGUUGAAACGGAGGACAGAGGACAGUUUGCACAAACACAAGUGUGGUGUGAGUUUAAUAAAAUCAGUCCCUGUGCAUCCAGGCAAUGCGCCGAGGGCACAGCAAUGUUCAAAUAUAAAAAUAAAAAGUCAUAUAAAAAUAAAGACACAAAUGACAAUGAAUCUGUCUGUUUCGGAGCUGCAAUCCCCAGCUCUCCCACUAGAUGGCGCCACCGCGCCACUGGUGAACGAGAGUUUCAGCGGCCCCCUUGCUGUUCAGUCGGCGAAUUGGCGCGCAUGCGCAGUACACCCCUGGGUUUUGUCCACGAUAAAAAGGGGUUAUCGCCUGCAAUUUGCUGUAAAACCACCACGUUUCAGCAAAAUUCUAAUGUCAACAGCAGAAGGGGCCUCGGCUCAGGUUUUAGAAGAGGAAAUAAACUCUUUAUUGAGCAAAAGAGCCAUUCGGGUGGUACCACCGGAGCACAGCCAUCAGGGGUUUUACUCCCGGUAUUUUCUCAUCCCGAAACGAGGGGGGGGUCUCCGUCCCAUCCUAGAUUUGCGGAGCCUCAACAAACACCUCAGGACGUACAAGUUCAAAAUGCUCACACUCAAAACACUGUGUCAAUUUAUUCGUCCAAACGACUGGUGUACAUCAGUAGAUCUGAAGGACGCUUACUUUCACAUAAGCAUUUACCCAGCGCACAGAAAAUUUCUCAGGUUUGCCUAUCAAGGCACAGCCUACGAGUUUUUGACGGUUCCAUUCGGGCUCUCUUUAGCACCGAGGGUGUUCAGCAAAUGCGUCGAGGCAGCGCUCACGCCGUUAAGAGUAGCGGGGCUCAGAGUGACAGCUUAUUUAGACGAUUUGCUCCUUUGUGCCCCGUCACGAGUACAGGCGGAGAGGGAUACGAAAAGGCUCGUGUCUCAUUUAGUGAAUUUAGGCUUCAACAUAAACGAGGCAAAGAGCUGCUUAGUACCCACACAGGAGAUAAUUUACUUAGGGCUCAGACUGAACUCAGCCCGGUAUCUGGCUUUUCUAUCGGAGGAACGAAUCAAAUCGAUUCGCGGUUGCCUUGCCCUAUUUCAGAAGGGGAACAAGGUUUCAUUCAGACUGUGUUUACGCCUCCUGGGGCUUAUGGCCUCUACGAUAUCAGUCGUUCCGCUGGGAUUGCUGCGAAUGAGGGAGUUUCAGCACUGGAUAGCGGCGCAGCGCUUGUGUCCGAAACGUCACCUCAACCGCAGGGUGGUAGUGUCGUCUCAGUGCAUGGAUGCCCUCCGUUACUGGAGACAACGCUCUUUUCUCGAGUCGGGAACCCCGUUAGGGACGGUCUCACAGAGGAAAGUGGUGACGACGGACGCAUCUCUGUGGGGUUGGGGUGCAGUGUACGAGGGCAGAGCAAUAAAUGGAAAAUGGCCCGACACGCUCCAGAACGCGCACAUCAACUUUCUGGAACUAUUAACAGUUUACCUUGCACUAAAGCACUUUGUGCGGUUCCUAAGAAACCACCACGUUCUGAUCAGAUCGGACAACACAACGGCGGUGGCAUACAUAAAUCGCCAGGGGGGCACUCGGUCUGCUCAGCUUCAUUAUCUAGCACAGAAGCUGAUCGUUUGGGGGACAAAGCAUUUUCGUUCACUACGGGCGACACAUGUCCCAGGGAUAUUGAAUGCGGGGGCGGACCUUCUGUCCAGAGGGAAUCCCCUGUACGGGGAAUGGACUCUCCACCCGGAGGUGGUGAGUCAGCUGUGGCUGAGGUUCGGCCGAGCUGCCGUAGAUCUCUUCGCCUCGCACGAAAACACUCAUUGCCCUCUAUACUUCUCUCUAGCAAGAGACGGUGCACCUAUGGGUGUGGAUGCUCUAGCACACCCGUGGCCAAAAGCUCUGUUGUACGCGUUCCCCCCACUGAGCCUGAUUGUGCCAACUCUAAGAAGGAUAAGAGAGCACGGACAUUCGGUAAUACUGAUCGCUCCACGCUGGCCAGGCAGGAUCUGGCUGGCGGAGAUAAUGCAGUUGCUAUGCGACCAGCCGUGGCCUCUCCCGCUGCGCAGGGACCUUCUGUCACAAGCGCGAGGAGAGAUUUUCCAUCCUGCCCCGGACAAAAUAGCUCUUUGGGCUUGGCACGUGAAAGGUUAAACUUAAGUGCCACCGGAUUGUCGCCGGCGGUUAUUGAGACGAUUCAGAGCGCACGGGCGGCGUCAACGCGCUCUGUGUAUGAUAAGAAAUGGAACGUUUUUGAGCGCUGGUGCGCUCUCAGGAAUACGGUUCCUUUUAUUUGCUCGUUGGCAGAAGUGUUGUGUUUCCUGCAAGAUCUUUUAGACAAGGGCAGAUCUUUUUCUACGAUAAAAGUAUACCUAGCCGCAAUUUCGGCGUGUCAUGUGGGUUUCGACCGGAAUACGGUUGGUCAGCACCCGCUAAUAAGCAGGUUUAUGAGAGGUGCAAGGCGUUUGAAAAGGGUUGUGAAGCCUUUGAUUCCGCCGUGGGACCUAUCCGUGGUUCUGAAUGCAUUAUCUCAGCCCCCUUUCGAGCCUUUAGAUGAUAUUGAUUUAAAGUUCCUUUCGCUAAAGGUGGCUUUAUUGUUGGCUCUCUCAACGGCAAAGCGUGUUAGUGAACUUCAUGCUUUGUCUGUUCAUAGCUCUUGUAUGGUGUUUGCUACAGAUCUCUCUAGAGUGAUUUUUAAAACAAAUCCAGCGUUUAUACCUAAAGUGAGCGAGUCAGCUCUCGCGUGUAAACAAGUGGAUUUAAUGGCUUUUCACCCGCCGCCUUUUUCCUCACCAGAAGAAGAGCGACUUCAUUGCUUGUGCCCGGUUCGUGCAUUAAGUUGCUAUGUGAACAGAACUAGGGCGAUAAGGAAGAAUAAUCAGUUAUUUGUUUCAUGGGCUGACACUCACAAAGGGAAACCUAUUUCUCGUCAGCGCUUGUCUCACUGGGUGGUAGAAGCUAUUAUAUUAAGUUAUAAUAGCAGAGGUCUUACUCCCCCAGCGGGGUUGAGAGCUCAUUCUACCAGAGGUAUGGCCACUUCUUGGGCACUUUUUAAAGGUGUCUCAGUUCAGGACAUAUGUGCGGCAGCAAGUUGGGCUUCGCCUCACACGUUUGUUCGAUUUUAUAGACUGGACGUUACAGAGCCAUCGCUGGCUCAUUCUGUCUUAAGUGUGUAA